ACAUAUCCGCCGAUCUGCGGAAUUAACAAAAUUCGUCUAAAUUAAGGAAUUUGACAAUAAUUUAAUAAAAAUUAGGUAAAUUAAGUUUUGCAAAAAUGAUCACACUUGUGCUACAUGAUCAUAUGACAAAUAUUAAGAAAUUAUUUCAACAAAAAGUAGCGUUAAAAAAAUUUUUUUCUUUCGUAAACUCCCUAUUAAACUCCCCAUCAACCCCCCAUCAACUUUUCAAACAGUUUUUACAUCAAGUAAGUUGAGAAUUUUUGCAAGUAUAUUUGUAAUUAUUUUAUAUUAGAUACAACUUGGAGCUGUUUU